UGAGACGGAGACAAUGGAGAGGUUCCUUCCAGCCAGGAGUGAACUAGGAAGCCAAGAAACCAAGGAGAGAGAACUGGGUGAAAGCAGCGAGCCAUGGUAUCAAAUGGGCAAGGUGGCCGCCUCAGACCAUUAUCUGCGUCCCCCCGACAUUGGCCAAGGGAAGGACGAGAAGACCUUUUGCCAGAAAUAUGCUUCCAGCUUAAAAAAUAUGAUCCCCAUCCGUUGUCAGGCCAGCUCUGUGAAUCCACUGGACGAUGCCGGCUUCUUCUCGUUUGCGACAUUUUCUUGGCUCUCGUCUGUCAUGUUCAGGGGGUUCCGGCGCAACAUUGACGUCGCCACUUUGCCCCCGCUGUCUUGGCACGAUAGCACGGAGCCCAACGCCAAAAGACUCCAACUUAUUUGGGAAGCCGAGCUGGCCAAAGUCGGACCCGAGAAAGCAUCUUUAGCCAAAGUGGUCCUUCGGUUUCAGAGGACAAGAGUUCUGGUGGACAUUUUGGCCAACGUCUUCUGCAUGACACUUGGUGCCUUAGGACCGACGGUGCUCAUCCAUAGCAUCCUCCAAUACAGUGAAAGCGGCUCCACGGAUCUGGUCCGAGGAAUCGGCCUCUGUGUGGCCUUAUUUCUCACCGAAAUUUCCAAAAUCCUCUGCUGGUCGUUAGCUUGGGCCAUCAACUACCGCACGGCCAUCAGAUUAAAAGUUGCUUUUUCGAUGGUGGCCUUUGAGAGAUUGCUGGCAUUCAAGACCCUGAUGCACACCUCCAUGGGAGAAGUGAUCAACCUCUUAGCCAACGAUGGUUACAGGAUGUUUGAAGCGGCUUUAUUUUGUCCCUUGCCAGUUGCUGCGCCUCUGCUGAUGGUUGUGUGUUCAGUCUAUUCCUGUACCAUCCUUGGUCCAACUGCGCUCAUAGGAACGUUUGUGUACAUUGUUUUCAUACCCAUACAGAUGCUCAUGGCCAGGCUAACAUCUGCAUUCCGAAGGGCAGCCAUUGUGGUGACCGACAAGCGUGUACGGAUCAUGAAUGAGAUUUUGACCUGCAUUAAACUGAUCAAAAUGUAUUCUUGGGAGAAGUCUUUUGCAAACACCGUCAGAGGCAUCAGGAAGGGAGAACGGAAAAUACUGGAAAAAGCAGGAUACGUUCAAAGUGUGAAUUCUGCCCUCUCGCCUAUUGUGUCCACCCUCUCGAUUGUCCUGACUUUCUUCUUCCACACCCUUUUAAAGCAGGAUCUCACCGCCUCUGUUGCCUUCAGUGUGAUCGCCAUGUUUAACGUCAUGAAGUUUUCCAUCGUCAUUUUGCCGUUCUCUGUGAAAGCAGCAGCAGAGGCCAACGUCUCUUUAAAAAGACUAAAGAAAAUUCUGCUUAUGGAAAUUCCUCCUGACUAUGUAAAGCCCAUGAAGGACCCCCAAAAUGCCGUCAUCCUAGAAGGCGCAACCUUGUCCUGGGAAAGAUCUCCCAGUCCAUGCUGCUCCAAAAUAAACAAGGAAAGUCCUCAGAACAAUGAAAAGAUCCAUAGACGCCCAACAUUGCCUGCAAAAUCCGUCGUUUCUCUCCAUCAGAUAAACUUUUCCGGGACGGAGAGCAGCAAUAGCUUCACCCUGCACAACAUAACCUAUGCAAUAAAGAAAGGCAAAAUCCUGGGCAUUUGUGGACAAGUAGGCAGUGGAAAAAGCUCGCUCAUCACUGCAAUAUUAGGACAGAUGUAUCUUUCCAAAGGGUCGGUGGCCGUGGAUGGCACUUUGGCAUACGUGUCACAGCAGGCAUGGAUCUUUCAUGGGACCGUCCAAGAAAACAUCCUUUUUGGAGAACGUUAUGACGAACCGAGGUACAAUUAUGCCCUCAAAGUCUGCGGUUUGAACCCCGAUUUGGAUCUUCUUCCGUACGGAGACAUGACUGAGAUCGGAGAAAGGGGCCUCAACCUUUCCGGAGGGCAGAAGCAGCGGAUCAGCUUGGCACGGGCCGUGUACGCCGACAGAGAUAUUUACCUACUGGACGAUCCUCUGUCCGCAGUCGACGCGCACGUCGGAAAGCACAUUUUUGAACAGUGCAUCAAAGAGGCCCUGAGAGAGAAAACUAUACUUCUUGUCACUCACCAGCUGCAGUAUUUAGAAUUCUGUGAUGAAAUCAUCCUGCUGGAAGAUGGCGAAAUAUGCGAGAGCGGGACCCACGCCAAGCUGAUGAGAGCAAAGGGGCGCUAUGCCACCCUCGUGCAGAAUCUGCAUACGGACGAAGACACGUUCAAAACAGGGACGUGGAAAAGAGAGGGUCUAAAAUCACAGAUGGGAUUUUUCAGCGUCAUUCUGAGUCAAGGGAGCCAUUUCCUUAACCCGCCAGCGGCAACACUGGUGGCAGACGACGCUCAGGCCAACACCCAAGACACCUCCUACGAAGGCGUUAAUAAUCCCGCUUUCGAUAUGUCCGACGAGACAAACCAGGAACCCAAGAAAGAACAGAAAACGAGGAAAGAUCCAGCUCCUGCAAACCAGCUUGUCAAGGAAGAAGGAAAACAAGAGGGUUCGGUCUCUUGGAAAACCUACUACACUUACAUCAGAGCAUCUGGAGGUUUCAUACUAUGGAGCUUCAUCCUUCUCCUGUUCAUGCUGAUGAUUGGCUGUUCAGCCUUCAGCAACUGGUGGUUGAGUUACUGGUUGGAGCAAGGGUCUGGGGCAAACUGCAGUCUUCCACAGAACACAACCUGUGACGAAGAGAGCAUCACCGGCAAUCCACGGCUUCACUUCUACCAGCUAGUUUACAGCAUGAGCAUCGUUGCCAUGAUUGUCCUGAGCUUCAUCAAAGGGUUUGUUUUUACGAAGACAACAUUACGAGGUUCCUCCAUUCUACACAACACUGUGUUUUACAAGAUCCUGCAGAGCCCCAUGAGUUUCUUCGACACCACUCCAACCGGCCGAAUCAUGAACCGUUUUUCUAAGGAUAUGGAUGAACUGGACGUGAGGCUUCCGUUCUGUGCCGAGAUUUUCCUGCAGCAGCUUUUCAUGGUGCUCUCCAUCGUAGUAAUCACGGCCGUCGUAUUUCCAUACCUCCUCAUCGUCAUGGCCAUCCUCACGGUGAUCUUCAUCCUCCUUUUCCAGGUUUUCCAGCACACGAUCCGGGAGCUGAAGCGAGUUGACAACCUCAGCAGAUCCCCGUGGAUCUCUCUGAUUACAUCCUCCAUCCAGGGCCUAAGCACCAUCCAUGCCUACAAUAAACAGGAAGACUACAUAGAUCGCUUCAAAAUGUUGAACGACAGAAAUUCCAGCCACUUUGCUCUGUUCAAUUACGCCCUGCGGUGGUUCGGGGUGAGGACGGACAUCCUCAUGAUCAUCAUGACGCUGAUCGUAUCCCUGUUCGUGGUCCUCUCGCCAUCUUCCAUCAGCGCCGCUGAAAAAGGCUUGGCUUUAACUUACACCAUCCAGAAGUGCGUUCCUGAGGCAAAGGAGGAGGAUGCUUUGGUCAAGCCUCCCGCAGAUUGGCCCGAGAAGGGUGAAAUCACCUUUCAGCAAUAUCGGAUGAAGUACCGAGAAAACACUCCCGAGGUGCUUCAUGACAUUAAUCUCAACAUUCAUGGCAAAGAGAAGGUUGGGAUCGUUGGCCGGACGGGAUCUGGAAAAUCAUCUUUGGCAGUAGCACUCUUCCGAUUAGUGGAGCCCAUGGCGGGCACCAUCGUGAUUGACGGCAUUGAUAUCUGUACAAUUAGUUUGGAAUCUCUGAGGUCGAAGCUGUCCAUCAUUCCUCAAGAUCCUGUUCUGUUUGUAUAACUUGGAUCCUUUUAACAAACACACGGAUGACCAGAUCUGGGAAGCCCUUCACAGAAC